CCGCUUCCGCCUUCUCCCUCAUCCAGCUUGUGUCUGAUAGCAGGCGCAAGCACAGCGGCCGCUGCCGGACGCCGUGUCUGCUGUUCGGUUGGUGUUUCUCUGAAAGUCGGUGCCGUCGAACUUCCCGCCAUGGCUGAGUUAGAUCCGUUCGGCGUCCCCGCUGGCGGUUCCGCCCUGGGGAACGGAGUGGCCGGCGAAGAGGACCCUGCCGCGGCCUUCUUGGCGCAGCAGGAGAGCGAGAUUGCGGGCAUCGAGAACGACGAGGCCUUCGCCAUCCUGGACGGCGGCGCCCCCGGACCCCAGCCUCACGGCGAGCCGCCGGGGGUUCCAGAUGCUGUUGAUGGGGUGACGAAUGGAGAAUACUAUCAGGAGACUAAUGGGCCGACAGACAGUUACGCAGCUAUUUCACAAGUGGAUCGAUUGCAGUCAGAGCCUGAAAGUAUCCGAAAAUGGAGAGAAGAGCAAACAGAACGCUUGGAAGCCCUUGAUGCCAAUUCUCGGAAGCAGGAAGCGGAGUGGAAAGAAAAAGCAAUAAAGGAGCUGGACGAGUGGUACGCACGGCAGGACGAGCAGCUCCAGAAGACAAAAGCCAACAACAGGGCAGCAGAAGAAGCCUUUGUAAAUGACAUUGAGGAGUCGUCCCCAGGCACUGAGUGGGAACGGGUGGCCCGGCUGUGUGACUUUAACCCCAAGUCCAGCAAGCAGGCCAAAGACGUCUCCCGCAUGCGUUCUGUCCUCAUCUCCCUCAAGCAGGCCCCCCUGGUGCACUGAAGAGCCUCCCUGCGGAAACACUACAUCUGCAGCGUCUUAAUCCUACUCAGUGAAGCUCUUCACGGUAACUGGAUUAAUUAUGUUGAGUUCUUUUGGACCAAACCUUUUGUCUUUAGAGUUGAUCAUUGUUUGUGAUUGCAUGUUUCCUUCAACUGUUCUCCCUGGCAUUCAAGGAGGAGGGGAGGUGGCGGCAGAGGAAGGGAGGGAGGCCUCCCAGCGGCAGCCUCAACCUAUGCUUUUGUGCAUUAUUCUGAGAAUAAAUUUCUGUUCCAAGAAAUAAA